AUGAACUCAAUUGCCAACCGCCUUGCCUGCGCCGGUUCAGAGCGUGCUGCUAUUCAUGACCAGAGCUUCUUUUCCAACUUCAGCACCAACAAUCUCGCUGCUUCCUUGUCGCCAUCCAUCGCCCUUCCGCCAAUAUCGCAACCCACAAAGUUCCUCAGAGCCAACACCGACGACAGCGUCAAUCCAGAUGUCAAGAUCAAGAUUGCCCAUGGUACCACCACUUUGGCCUUCAGGUUCCAGGGAGGCAUUGUUGUAGCCGUCGACUCCAGAGCCACUGCUGGAAGCUGGAUUGCCUCUCAAACUGUCAAAAAAGUUAUUGAAAUCAAUCCCUUCUUGUUGGGAACCAUGGCUGGUGGUGCUGCUGAUUGUCAGUUUUGGGAAACAUGGCUAGGUACCCAAUGUCGAUUGCACGAGCUCAGAAACAAAGAAAGAAUAUCUGUUGCUGCUGCUUCCAAAAUCUUGUCCAACUUGGUUUACAACUACAAAGGCAUGGGUCUCUCAAUGGGUACUAUGAUCUGUGGUUACACCAAGAAAGAAGGCCCUACUAUCUACUACGUCGAUUCUGAUGGCACACGAUUGAACGGUGACUUAUUUUGUGUUGGUUCUGGUCAGACUUUUGCCUAUGGUGUCUUGGACUCCAACUACAAGUGGGAAUUGUCUGUGGACGAAGCUCUUCAGUUGGGUAAGCGAAGUAUUUUAGCUGCCACCCACAGAGAUGCCUACUCUGGUGGUUCCAUCAAUCUCUACCAUGUUACUGAGAAAGGUUGGAAAUACUAUGGCAAUCACGACGUUGGUCCUUUGUUCUGGGAAACAAAACAGGCAGAGGGUUCCUUCAACAACGUUGUCACCUAA